AACAACAACACAGCAGAGCCACGACUUGCGUGGGCUAUCUGAUAAUCUAGGGCAAAUAUCUGUGUGCCAUCCACCGUUUCUAAGCCGUUCUCGAGCACAAUUCAGCGCAUUUCUUUAUUUUCGACAAUGACCUCAUCCGAGGUCUACCCAGGCUACCCCUCUGUUGACCACAUCAUUGCGGCCGCCAAAGCUGUCGCUCACGCUUUGAAAGAUGGUAGCGUGAAAUAUGCCAUUGUAGGCGGUGCUGCUUGUCUUCUCCUCGGUUCAGACCGGGCCACGAGCGACGUCGACUUCGUCGUGCCCAAAGGCAGCAUUAGAGACGCCCGCCUGCUCUUGAAAGCUCAAAGCGACCACUUUUCCGUCGAGGCUCGAACCAACCACACCGUUUAUCUCAGCGAUCCAACCAUCGAAAUCCAGAUCAUUUCCCCGCCAGCCCUGUUCAAGGAGCCGUUUGAUGAAUCCACCGAGACAAUCGAGAUACUGGGUGGAAUCCACGUCCUGAAGCCGACCCUGAUACUGAAUGCCAAAUGCCGCUCGAUUCUUGGCCGUGCAGGAGAAGAUAAGAAGAUGUCGGACAGUCAAGACAUCAAAUUCCUUCUCCAUUGGUGCGCCGAGAAUGGCCUAGAUCCGAGGACAGAAGCCCCCAACGCAACAACCGAGUUUGUGGAUGCCUUCAUUGCCAUGUACGGCGGCGCAGAACUGUGGCGCAGGGUUGGGUACACCGCGGGGAGCCAAGCAGCGUAAAAGGCAACUGGGAUGACCGUGCCAGCAACACGGGCUCAUUUUCCUUCUAAAGCCUAUCAACAAGAGUGACAGCCCGCUGCCUUUCGUCAACCGGAAUGUGGAACAUUGGGAGUGCCCCAUGCGCUUGGCUAUGGGAGGAAGGCUGUAGGUUCAAACCAGAUCGGGCCAUCGGAAAGCCAAAGUGUGGAACUUGGACUUGUUCUCUGUCUGAAACCUAUCUCCAGCUCAGUCACUGGUAGUUUGCGGAUUGUCAACAAUGGUGCGGAACUCCGGAAAUCGUGCUGCAUGCUUCUUUCCAGUCACCAACAAAUUAUGCCGUACCC